AUGGCACCUGCGCCUGCACAUCCGGCUCAAACCGAUGAGCACCAAUACUGGACCGAUCCCAUUCUUUGCGAGGAAACUCUAGCCAGACUGGAACAUUUUCGCAAUCUUGGAUGGCUCCCUCCAAAUUUCAGACCAAAGACAGUAUUAGAUAUUGCUGUCAUCGAACACUAUUGGCGAAAAUUUUGUAUCCAAUCGAACGAGGACUACGUGGAUUAUCUUCUUUUAGAAGAUCAGACGAUCUACAUGAACUUUUUUGACUGGAUGUCCAAAACGUCACGAGAGAAACUGCUUCAGUCGUAUGAUAAAAACUGGCGUCGCCUUUGCCAAUACUUCGAGCUGUUCACCCGCCGCCGCGUCAGUGAGGAUGCCCAUAAACAGAUGCGACGAUUUCUCGCAGGUGUGUUUCCAGCCGGGCGCAGAACCCUCCGACGAACGAAGGACAAACACACUCUAGAUGUAGAUGUUUAUGGUGUGAUGUACUGGCAUCAUUGGGUCCAUUCGAGAUUUUUUCGUCACGGGAGCAUGAUUGUUCAGUUUGCUACAGUCCAGCUCCGGUCCGCUAUCACAGGCACGCAACCUAGCGUCUUGCUUCCUCAAGACACCUCAUCACCUGGCAUUCCAGCUUUGGGCAAACGCAAACGGGAUGGCACCUUCCAGAGUGAUCUUCCAAAGCACAUUUCCUUGAAAGAUCUUCCGGACUCGUUUCGUGAUCUCAAAGGUCGACCGGAAGGCGCUGAUGGAAACAAAUUCUUCAACUUCGUCGUCAUCUCAUAG